GAGGCGUAUGGCGGCCGCCCGGCUGAGGGCGGUUGUUGUGGGAACGGCGGCGGGUCAGGCCUCCCGGGUCGGGUCGGAGCGGGCGCUCCCGGGAGGCCGGUGAAGGCGGGCUGCCGAGCACGGGGCGGUUCCCGGGAGACGGGAAGGGCCGGUCCGCCAUCGCGGGGAGCGCUGUGGAUGGAAAAGAAGAGUUCAUGGUUUCUGGUUUGCAUAAUAGCAGAGGCUGAGUAGGCAUAAAGGAGACUGUAGUGCACGUGAGAAGUGUCAAGCCCCUUUGCAAGGCUUUGCUCUGUAAAAAAGAAGACAUGAAUCCUACAAAUGAUGAUCCGGUGUUUGGGACCAUUUUUGACUGGGACUAUCUUUUAUGGGAAGUUCGUUUGACGUUUUUAGCUGCUGGUUUUUUAAUCUACCUGGGAGUAUUUCUUCUGUCUCACUGGUUGUCUUCAUGGAAAAGUACCACUUAUCGUGCCUUGUAUGCAAAGGAGAAGGUGUUUUGGAAUAUGGCGGUCACACGUGGUGUGUUUGGACUUCAGAGCUGUGUUGCUGGAUUAUGGGCUUUGCUCAUAGAUCCUGUUUUUCAUGCUGACAAAGUGUAUUCACAGCAAAAGUGGAGUUGGUUUAACUGUUUAAUAGCUGCUGGAUUUUUCUUGCUUGAAAAUGUAGCCGUUCACAUGUCCAACAUUAUUUUUAGAACAUUUGAUGUGUUCUUGGUAGUCCAUCACUUGCUUGCUUUUGGUGGCUUGGCUGGUCUAGUAAUCAAUGUGAAAUCUGGACAUUAUCUGCCUUUGAUGGGAAUGUUGCUGGAGAUGAGUACUCCCUCAACGUGCAUUUCCUGGAUGCUUCUAAAGGCUGGCUGUGCUAAUACCUUUUUCUGGAAGGCAAAUCAGUGGGUGAUGAUCCACCUGUUUCACUGCCGCAUGAUUCUUACUUACCACAUGUGGUGGGUGUGUAUUUUCAAUUGGAAUUCUGUGAUGGAAAAUCUGGGACUUCUUCAUUUUAUUGUUUUAUUCUCGGGAUUAUUUGCUGUUACACUAAUACUUAACCCAUACUGGACAUACAAAAAAACUCUGCAACUCCUCAGCCCAACUGACUGGAAUUUUGAAAAUAAAGCAACGGAAAAUGGGAAAUUAAAUGGUGAAACACAUCAAAAGAAGAGGAUAUAAUACCGAAACAGCUGUUUACUAAUGGGGUAGCGGAAGAAUACAAUGCAAAGUAGUUCUUUGCCCAUGAACUAGAAGCUUUUGCAAGAAGCUCGUUAACACAGUGAUUCUUUGCUGGUAUUAUUCUGUAAGCACCAGAAGUAUUUAAAAGCAUUAUUUGUGAUUCAUAUGUGCAUAUGUGUAAGAUCUUCAACCUCUUAGUUAUCAAUUACACCAACAGUUUUGUCAUUUGGACAGUAUUUCAUGAUUUAGUAGACACAUGCUCCCUAACGGUAUCCUUUGUCCUAAUGCUUCAAAAUGGCUUAACAGUUGUCUAUUAAGCUCAGCUUGAAUCAAGUUUAGCUUGAAUCCUAUUUCACGUGUGUCGGAGAUGCUGACACUGGAAAUUCUGUUGUUCAUGAAGAUCAGUUAUGACCCAAGUUAGGUAUGCACAGGUACCUAGUUCUGUGUGCGAUUAAGUCAUUCCAAAUGGCUGAAUUGGUCAGUGGUAGAAUGUAGUCAUGGCUGGGGUUUGGAUGUUUUUGUUGUGUUUUUUUGUUUGUUUGUUUUAAGUGCACUUGAGGAAGAUAAUCAAUUGAGUGUUCACUGUCAAAGUGAGUUGUAGUUUCCAGGUUGCCCUCAGUAUGGGAUGAGUUCAUAUCAACCACAAACAAGCACAUAGGCAUGGAGGCAUUCGUUAUACUGGCUGUCCAGUCAGGUAAUCAGUCCCUUCUGGACUUGACAUCAAUUAAAUACAAGAGGCAACAAUGGAACGUUUGACUCUUUCGUCCUGGAAAAGCUGCUGGUUGAUUGGUAAAGUUAUUUUCCUUGUAGGUCCCACAUGAGUGGUCGUGCAAUUAGUUCCACCGGUUAUUUUGGAAAUUCUCUUCCUUAUAGAGGGUUUUAGAAACUGAGAUGACUCCCCUGUGGAGGAAGGCCCGUAUCACCCCCUUUAGGAGUUCAGUUGUUCUUUUAGUAUUUUUAUUUUACUUUGAAGAACGUAUAAAGGGACACUAACAAUCCUUUGUGCUUUAUCUGCCACAUCACUAAGUGUUUCCCUGACCUAAGGAAUAGGAUUGCUUUUUAGAUAGGAGGGGAUUGGCAAAUUUUGGUGGAUGUUCUCCCACUAAUAGUAUUGGUCUGACGCUUGCUGGGUGAAAUUUUGGACGGCGGAUGGUGGUAUAAAGGUCGCGAUAGAAGAGAGUGACACCUAGUGGCAGGAGAAUGACAAAUACUCAUUAGUUUUGACACACUGAACUAGUGAGAUAAAAAGCCCCUCAUUGGAAACUUUGUCAUGUGGUGUGACAUGACUGCCACACAGAUUUAUUUCCCAAAGUGAUAUGAUGGGGCAAGCCCAAGCUGUGAAGAAUUUUAGCUCAAGGCAUGUGUUAGAGGCUUUGCGUACUGGUCUGUGGUGGAGCAUACUGUUUUAAGUAUGUAAGCGAAGCACUGGUGUAAACAACCCCAUUUUAUUAAUUUUUGGUGAGAAUGUUUUGGAUUUUGUUCUGAGUGAAGGGAGGAAGCUGGUGGGCAGCUUGCUGUGUUCCCUCAUUCACUUUGUGUGAGCACAGAGUUGAAUGGCUGCUCUGUGAGGGGGAGGAAACUUCUUACUGCUAUGGCACAAACGUAUAGCCAGAUCUUCUUGAUAAUAACAAAGUGGUGAAUGUCUGAAAUUGCCCAUCCAAAUCUGGGCUGAGAGGGUCAUAGUAAUUUUACACAGUAACACUAUCUGCUAUUCUGCUGAUGCUUGGUAGAGAAAAUUUAAAUUUUGAGCUACCUUAUUAUUUCUAAGCCGGCCCGAAUGAGGUUGCAAUGCCUUUUGGCAGUGUGGCCUGUCUGGAUGCCAUCCUAUAGAAAAAAGGGUUCUCUCAGGCUGAAAACUUUGUACCUCUCCUGAGGGGUUGUGUGAGUGAGAGAGUAAUGUUAAAAGUACUUUAGAAUAAAGCGGAGGGAUGAAUUCCUCAGAAACAGAACCCCGACAUAUGAUCCAAACGCAUGUCUUGCAGAAUCCAAACCUCACUUGCAGGGGGAAGGCAGAGGAGAAGUCACCAGAUAACAAAAUGAUGGUGUGCUCUGUGCGCCUUAAAACUUAAAGGUUUGGAUUGAAUGAGGCAAGGUAAUAAUUUUAAACAUCCGAGCUGCAGAAUUCUGAAUAAUCCUGACAGAAAAUGGAAGCUUCAGAAGAGAAAUAAGUUUAACCAAGUGUGUAAUUCUUACAGCGGCUGGCUAAAGGAGGUGAAGUUUCUAUAUGCUAAAGUAAAACAAUGUGGAGGAUUGGGGUUAGUAGUGAAUUUGGGACGGAUAAAAGAGAUUAGGUGUGAUCCAAGCAGACAGGUGGAUGGUUAUGUCAGUGGCACCAGAAUUCUAAAGUUUAAUAUUUUGUAUUAUUAAUUUGUAUAAUGUUAUUAAGUGGAUUUUAAAUCUUUCAUUAAAAGUAUUUUUUAUCACAAUGCAA